GAGUUGGAGAAGGUUGACAGCCGACAAACUUCUCGACCAACUUCGCGGCACCAAGUUUUUCUCGAAAAUCGAUUUGCGAGGGGGUUACCAUCAGAUUCGCGUCGCCAUCGAAGAUUGUCACAAGACGGCAUUCCGAACCCGAUACAGCAACUACGAGUACCUAGUGAUUCCUUUUGGCUUUACGGAUGCGCCCUCGACAUUCCAAAUGACCGUAAAUGAAAUUUUCAGGGAACUCUUGGACAAAUGCGUCAUCAUCUACCUCGACGGUAUAUUAAUCUACAGCCGCAGCAGGGAGCAGCACUUACAGGAUCUUGAUGCAGUCUUCAUGCUGCUGCACAAUAAUCGCCUCAUCACCAAAGGGUCUAGGUGCGACUUUCUUAAGCGGGAGUUGGAAUUUCUGGGCUACAUCGUCUCGACUGAAGGAGUGAAAAUCGACCCCAAGAAAAUCAAAACAAUACAGGAAUGGAAGCCGCCAAGCAACAUCAAGGAGCUGGAUCACGAUUGUUUUUGGUGGGAAGAGAAGCAGCAAGCUGCAUUUGACCAACUGAAGAUCACCCUCACAUCGCCGCCCUUCCUUCGCAUCGCCGAUCGUGACUGUCCAUACGAAGUCAUCACUGACGCUAGCGACAUCGCCAUCGGCGCAGUUCUUUUACAGGAUUUUGGCGAAGGCUUACAGCCGGUUGCCUACGAAUCACGGAAGCUGCAGAGCGCAGAGAAAAAUUAUACGGUACACGACAAGGAAAUGUUGACGAUCGUCCACGCGUUCAAGACCUGGCGGUGCUACCUGACAGGCGCUGACGUCAUUGUGCGAACUGACCACAAAUCCCUCCAAUACCUGCGAGCCCAACCGAACCUCAACCCGCGACAUAUCCGAUGGCUUGAUUUCCUCGAGUCAAAUUUCCACUACACCAUCAUCUACAAACGGGGUGCCAACAACAUUGCUGACGCCUUGACCCGACCCACUGCCGACACAACUAUGGCGCGAUUGGACGUCUGAGGAUGACACCUGGGUGCCCUUCACUG